AUGUCUGGAUUGGUAACAUAUGACUCUUCAUCCGAAGGAAGUGGAGAUGAAGCUCCGGGUCCUAGUGGGAUUUUGCGUAGUCAGCUAAUUCCCACUGUUAACUCCGCCCCUGAAGUUGGUCAUAAGGCUGAACUUCUCUCCGUUAUACCCGUUGAUCCUUACCUGCACGAGCUCGCACACAAUCCGACCGUGGAACAAAUGUUUGCUCCCACGUUUGGUCCAGUGAAUCCUUUCAAGUCAGAAAAGCAGCUUGCCCCCAAAAAUGUUUUGACGGGACUAGUGGAGGAGUCUCAUGUGAAUCCGUUCGCCUUCGAAACACAACACAGGACUUUCCUCAGUUAUGGCUAUGCUGAGGAUCCUUCUGUAGAAGGUGGUUCCGAAAGAAGGCUGGUUGGCGAGCUGGAAAAUGUAGAGGAGAACGAAGGGAAGACAGUAUUCGAAAAGACAAAGAAGCGAAAAGGUGACCUCCGGAAGAAAGAUAGUAACUGGGAUCCUACGAGUGAAGAGUAUACCGGUCCCUGGGCAAAGUACAAAGAUGAAGUUACUGUGGCUGUUCCGUCAGAAGAAGAUCGUGUCUAUCUUGAAGCCUACUUGGCCAAGAAAGCUGUCAAACGGCGCUGCGUGGAGGAAGCGCCAAUCGAAGAGAAAACUACCCUCCACAUCCCUUCUCCCGUUGAUUAUCAGGGUCGAAGCUUUUUGCACGCUCCGCACGACAUCCCCAAUGUUAAUCUACGCGCCACAGAACCACCGGAUCGUUGUUUCUUACCCAAGAAGUUAAUGCAUGAAUGGAACAAUGCACACGCCCGAGGCGUAUCAGCCAUACGCCUGUUCCCAAAAUCUGGUCACCUUCUGUUGUCAGCUGGGAUGGAUUCAAAGGUCAAGCUCUGGGAGUUGUAUAAGGAACGUCGCCUUAUCCGCAGCUAUAUGGGCCACCGCCAGGCAGUGCGAGAUGUCGACUUUGACAAUAGUGGAGCUCACUUCCUCAGUGCUUCGUACGAUCGUUACGUGAAACUGUGGGACACGGAAACUGGCAAAUGUACCAAUCAGUUUAAUCUGAAACGGGUGGCCUAUUGUGUUCGAUUCAACCCGGACGAGGACAAACAACAUCUGUUCCUGGCUGGUUGUGCAGAUAAGAAGAUAUUGUGUUAUGACACCAGGAGCGGUGAAGUGGUGCAACAGUACGACAGGCACCUGGGUGCCGUGAACGCGGUCGCUUUUGUGGACAAUAACCGCCGGUUUGUAUCAACUUCCGAUGACAAAUCACUUCGUGUAUGGGAAUGGGAUAUUCCUGUGGAUUUCAAAUACCUGGCCGACCCAUCACUUCACUCGAUGCCCGCCGUGUCUGUCUCACCAAACGGAAAAUAUCUGAUCUGUCAGUCUCUCGACAAUCAGUUGGUCGUGUUCAACAUAUUUGCUGGAUUCAAGCGAAUGCGCAAGAAAAUAUUCCGCGGCCACAUCGUUUCUGGUUACGCUUGCACUGUGGACAUGUCUCCCGACCAACGCUACAUCAUAUCUGGCGAUGGAGAUGGGAAUCUUUGCCUUUGGGAAUGGAAAUCCACCCGCUUAUUGACCAAAUGGAAAGCCCAUGAGGGUGUGUGUAUCAACUGUGCUUGGCUUCCCCACGAGACGUCAAAGGUGAUCACAGCUGGUUGGGACGGAAAUAUCAAACUAUGGGACUAGGCAGCCAAUAGCCGAUCUUGUGUACAGUAAACCGGAGUU